AUGGCGGCGAGUGACGCGGAAGUAUUGAAGGAGAAAGCAAAAGAGGCGAUAGACACGUAUUCUUCAGAGUUGUUUGAUCUUAACCGAUGUAUAUGGCAAAAUCCAGAGCUUGGCUUUAAUGAGAUAUACGCUCACGAUCAGUUAACAGAGUAUUUAGCAGCACGAGGUUUUGAUGUGACACCUCAUUACACUUUGGAUACCGCUUUUCGAGCUGAAACCGGUGAAGAUGGAGGCCUUACAGUUGGUUUGAUUUGUGAAUAUGACGCUUUACCAGAAGUGGGUCACGCGUGUGGACACAAUCUGAUUGCUGAAUCUGGUGUAGCUGCUGCUUUAGGUAGAUAUUAUAGAGUUUAGUUGACACCAACACGCGAAUAUGUGGUACUCUGUACUGUCAGUUUACACCACAGGUAGCCCAAGCCCAUAUUAAGCAUACAAUGGGCGACUUCAUGUACUCGGUUAACAUAACAACUCAAAAGGUCUUACAGCGGAUCACAAACAUACGAAAGGCGCAGCACAAGUUUAUGUUUGCCAGACGUAACUAAUGACAUUAAUGACAUCAAUGAAAUCAAUAAGUAAUCAAUCAGUAAUCAGUUGAUUACUCGUUAGUCAUUGAUUAUAUCCGAUAUUCAAUGAGUAAUCAAUGAAUAAUUGAUAGGCCACAAAAUUUUCAGUCAUUGAUUAGUCAUUGAUUAAUUAUUGAUAUAAUCUCAGGGUACACAAACCAAACCAAAUCGAAAAUAAAGAAAUGAAGACUUCUUUGACAUAAAUGCCACUGUACAAGCUUUUUUUGUUCAUGAUCUUUUACCCGGUAAGCAUUCUGUGGUGGCUGCCUUUCUCACCAAAGACACAGACUGUAAUAGCCAAGAGAGUAAGACAUAACUCGACCUUCUGAACCUUUCGUUUUUGAUAUAUCAGUUACUGUCCAAUAAAUAAAUUUCGUUUGCCAUUCUCUUUCUCUUUUUGUCAUGGCCUAUAUACAUUGGUUUUCUACAUGCAUGUUCAAUUCCUAUUUGGCUAUAAGUUAGGAAAAAAAAUUGCUACAAAUUGUAUGAGGUGAGUAAAUCAAUGACUAAUCGAUGAGUAAUCAAUGGGCCACAAAAUUUUUGGCCAUUGAUCAGUCAUUGAUUACCCAUUGAUUGUAGCGAAUAAUCAUUGAAUAAUCAGUUGAUUACCCAAUGAUUGUUAUCGAUUACUCAUUGAUGUCAUUCAUCAUUGAUUAGUUACGUCUGGUUUUUGCUACCCCCAUUCUAUGGUGUAAGUUUGCUACCUAAUGACAAAGUCAAAAACUUUCACCCAAGAAAGCUUAAAGGAUGAGAAAAUAUACAACAUUAAAAUUCAAUGUUUUCCAGAUUCAUAAAGUCAUAUGUGGCAAAUAUGUGGUUUGGUCGUUUGGCAUAUUUGAUAAGUAGCAAAAUUAAUUUCAAGCUUAAGACCCAAUUAAUGCAGAAAUGGUCACAGCAGUUUCAUAUUAUUUUGUUCAUAUUCAAAUCAGCCCUACUAGCCUGGUUCUUAGGUACAAAAUUCAAAAGAAAUAGAGGAUAUUACAUGGCCGCGUGGAGAUACGAAAUUUCUCUUCGAGUGUUGAAAAAUAUUUCACGAGUGAGCGCAGUGAACGAGUGAAAUAUUUUUUCAACACGAGAAGAGAAAUUUCGUAUCUCCAAGCGGCCACGUAAUGUUCUAUUUAUUACAUAAACACCAAUGAACUACCAAACCAUUUCACUUUAAUAGUUUUUGGUGUGAAAGGCGCGAUUUAUUAUGAAGCCAUAGCAACGGUGAUAUUUUCACAUGUGAAGAUAACAUGUUAUUUUCACAUGUGAAGAUAUCAAGUUUUCAUGCGAAAGCUCACCUGGUAUUUCAUUGGUGUUUAUAUAAUAAUACCUUAUCUCAAGCAAAGCUAGUCAGGCUUAUUUUGAUUUAAACAAAAGAAUAUUAAUUCAGCAGCCAUUUUUGCAUAUUGGGUCCAUUCAACUUUAAAAGGGAAGGCCUUGAAACUGUAGUCCUUUCUAAAUCAGAGAAAUAGCCAAUGAUGGGGCAACAUGUACAUUGCACUUUGCAAGAGAAAGAAAAAUGAUUAGGGAUAAUUUGGAUAAAACAACUAAGGAACAAAAACAACAUGGAAAACUUGUAUGUUACAAAAAAGAUGACAGUACUUUAGAAAAUUUAACAAAAUUUAACUGCAAAUUGCUUUGAAAGGCAGUACAUGUACAUGUGUAUGUUGUCUGUGUUUUUCUGUGAAGGUCUCAAGAUUGCUUUGGAGGCCGUCAACCAGAAGCGUAAGUUGAAAAUAGUAGUUUUUGGAACUCCAGCUGAAGAAGGUGGAGGAGGCAAGAUUUUGAUGAUUAAUAAUGGCUGCUUUAAAGGUGUUGACUUUUGUAUGAUGGUCCAUCCUAGCCCAGUGGAUAUGCUGAAACCAACCAUCUUAGCUCGAGAUAAAGUCACAGUCACCUACAAAGGUCAUGCCUCUCAUGCUGCAGCAUUCCCGUGGGAAGGAGUCAAUGCACUGGAUGCAGCAGUUGGUUUUGAUGUGACACCUCAUUACACUUUGGAUACCGCUUUUCGAGCUGAAACCGGUGAAGAUGGAGGCCUUACAGUUGGUUUGAUUUGUGAAUAUGACGCUUUACCAGAAGUGGGUCACGCGUGUGGACACAAUCUGAUUGCUGAAUCUGGUGUAGCUGCUGCUUUAGGUAGAUAUUAUAGAGUUUAGUUGACACCAACACGCGAAUAUGUGGUACUCUGUACUGUCAGUUUACACCACAGGUAGCCCAAGCCCAUAUUAAGCAUACAAUGGGCGACUUCAUGUACUCGGUUAACAUAACAACUCAAAAGGUCUUACAGCGGAUCACAAACAUACGAAAGGCGCAGCACAAGUUUAUGUUUGCCAGACGUAACUAAUGACAUUAAUGACAUCAAUGAAAUCAAUAAGUAAUCAAUCAGUAAUCAGUUGAUUACUCGUUAGUCAUUGAUUAUAUCCGAUAUUCAAUGAGUAAUCAAUGAAUAAUUGAUAGGCCACAAAAUUUUCAGUCAUUGAUUAGUCAUUGAUUAAUUAUUGAUAUAAUCUCAGGGUACACAAACCAAACCAAAUCGAAAAUAAAGAAAUGAAGACUUCUUUGACAUAAAUGCCACUGUACAAGCUUUUUUUGUUCAUGAUCUUUUACCCGGUAAGCAUUCUGUGGUGGCUGCCUUUCUCACCAAAGACACAGACUGUAAUAGCCAAGAGAGUAAGACAUAACUCGACCUUCUGAACCUUUCGUUUUUGAUAUAUCAGUUACUGUCCAAUAAAUAAAUUUCGUUUGCCAUUCUCUUUCUCUUUUUGUCAUGGCCUAUAUACAUUGGUUUUCUACAUGCAUGUUCAAUUCCUAUUUGGCUAUAAGUUAGGAAAAAAAAUUGCUACAAAUUGUAUGAGGUGAGUAAAUCAAUGACUAAUCGAUGAGUAAUCAAUGGGCCACAAAAUUUUUGGCCAUUGAUCAGUCAUUGAUUACCCAUUGAUUGUAGCGAAUAAUCAUUGAAUAAUCAGUUGAUUACCCAAUGAUUGUUAUCGAUUACUCAUUGAUGUCAUUCAUCAUUGAUUAGUUACGUCUGGUUUUUGCUACCCCCAUUCUAUGGUGUAAGUUUGCUACCUAAUGACAAAGUCAAAAACUUUCACCCAAGAAAGCUUAAAGGAUGAGAAAAUAUACAACAUUAAAAUUCAAUGUUUUCCAGAUUCAUAAAGUCAUAUGUGGCAAAUAUGUGGUUUGGUCGUUUGGCAUAUUUGAUAAGUAGCAAAAUUAAUUUCAAGCUUAAGACCCAAUUAAUGCAGAAAUGGUCACAGCAGUUUCAUAUUAUUUUGUUCAUAUUCAAAUCAGCCCUACUAGCCUGGUUCUUAGGUACAAAAUUCAAAAGAAAUAGAGGAUAUUACAUGGCCGCGUGGAGAUACGAAAUUUCUCUUCGAGUGUUGAAAAAUAUUUCACGAGUGAGCGCAGUGAACGAGUGAAAUAUUUUUUCAACACGAGAAGAGAAAUUUCGUAUCUCCAAGCGGCCACGUAAUGUUCUAUUUAUUACAUAAACACCAAUGAACUACCAAACCAUUUCACUUUAAUAGUUUUUGGUGUGAAAGGCGCGAUUUAUUAUGAAGCCAUAGCAACGGUGAUAUUUUCACAUGUGAAGAUAACAUGUUAUUUUCACAUGUGAAGAUAUCAAGUUUUCAUGCGAAAGCUCACCUGGUAUUUCAUUGGUGUUUAUAUAAUAAUACCUUAUCUCAAGCAAAGCUAGUCAGGCUUAUUUUGAUUUAAACAAAAGAAUAUUAAUUCAGCAGCCAUUUUUGCAUAUUGGGUCCAUUCAACUUUAAAAGGGAAGGCCUUGAAACUGUAGUCCUUUCUAAAUCAGAGAAAUAGCCAAUGAUGGGGCAACAUGUACAUUGCACUUUGCAAGAGAAAGAAAAAUGAUUAGGGAUAAUUUGGAUAAAACAACUAAGGAACAAAAACAACAUGGAAAACUUGUAUGUUACAAAAAAGAUGACAGUACUUUAGAAAAUUUAACAAAAUUUAACUGCAAAUUGCUUUGAAAGGCAGUACAUGUACAUGUGUAUGUUGUCUGUGUUUUUCUGUGAAGGUCUCAAGAUUGCUUUGGAGGCCGUCAACCAGAAGCGUAAGUUGAAAAUAGUAGUUUUUGGAACUCCAGCUGAAGAAGGUGGAGGAGGCAAGAUUUUGAUGAUUAAUAAUGGCUGCUUUAAAGGUGUUGACUUUUGUAUGAUGGUCCAUCCUAGCCCAGUGGAUAUGCUGAAACCAACCAUCUUAGCUCGAGAUAAAGUCACAGUCACCUACAAAGGUCAUGCCUCUCAUGCUGCAGCAUUCCCGUGGGAAGGAGUCAAUGCACUGGAUGCAGCAGUUAUGGCUUAUAACAGUAUAAGCGUGUUACGACAACAGAUGAAGCCCACAUGGCGAGUUCAUGGUAUCAUCACUGAGGGAGGUGUGAAGCCUAACAUCAUUCCUGACCGCACCCAGCUAAAGUAUUACCUUAGAGCUCCAACUGUCGAGGAGCUUGAAUUGUUACGGCAAAAGGUGACAAGUUGUUUUGAAGCUACAGCAACAGCUACUGGUAAGCAUUGUGCACUGUUCUGCUCUUGUUGAACACAAAGUAAUUAUAUUUUUUAAACAAAACUAAUAAAGAGCUGUAGGGCCAAUUCAAACUUUGUACUUGACAAACAUGUCUAUGAACAAAAUGUAUUGUUCUCACUCAUUUGCAAAUAGAUUUGGCACAUUUUUGGGAGCAAGGGUGGCGCAGUGGUGAGAGCACUCGCCUCCCACCAAUCUGGCCUGGUUUCAAAUCCUGGCAUCAGCGCCAUAUGGGUUGAAUUUGUUGUUGGUUGUCUGCCUUGCUGUGAGAGAUUAUUUUCUCCUGGUACUCCAGUUUUCCCAUCCCAACACCUCCAAAUUCCAAUAUUCAAUAUGGAAUGCACGGACAUGUUUCAACAAGUUCUUAAGAAUUCCUAAGUGCUCUGUGGGUAAAUAAAUUACAAUAAUUACAAUACAUUUGAAGUUCAUUGUUUGAAAUGGACCUUACUUACCAGUACAUUGUAUAUGUCACCUCACAGUAACCAAUGUUCUGAGGGAGUUGCCUUGCAUUUGCUAAAUCUGUAUUUGUUUGUUUGUUUUUUUUUAUCUCAAUGGUACAAUGCAUAAACAAUAAAUUGGCAACGUGCUGUCAUUAAGAUGGAAUCUAUCAGGAAAUUGAGUAAUUUCAAUUUUCAGUGGACAGAAACCUUGUACCAGAAUAAUUUCAACAAUAACGCAUCAACAAUUUUUCAGCAAUUUCAACUUUGGGCAUAUUUUCCAAAUGUGCCCUUCAAUAAUAUCGGUUAUCUGUAAAAACACCAAAGACUAUCACUCAUAGGAGUGUGAGAAAAUAAAUGUCAAAUUUCACAUGAAUUGUGAAAGCACAGGUAAAAUUCUGGAAAUUUCAUGUGAAAGAUGUCAUUUUGGUGAAAUUUGACAUUUUAUUUUCUCAGGCUCUUGUGAGAAAUUUUCUUUGGUGUUAUUACAGAUAACUAAUUACGUCUAUAGCCCUUGAAAAAUGUAAAAAAAGCAAUAUUGUUUAAAUUAAUAUUAUUCAAUUUCCUGAUAGAUUCUGUCUUAAUCUUACUUUAAAUGGAAAACACAUAGAGGGUGGAUUAAUAUGGAUUAAUAAAAUUUUGAAAUUGAAAGUGGCACAGUAAUUUGAAAACACAAAACUUCUUUAAAGUUUUUUUUUUGAAAAGUUGCUUUUUUAAAGCUACACUGUCAGUACAUAAAAAAAUAAUGAAAGCUACAAUGCACUCAAACAAUGAAGAUGUUGCCAUUUUCCCUUGUCUUUUAGGCUGCAAGGUUUUUGCAGAAUGGGGAGCAAUGCGUUAUGAAGACUUGGUCAGCAAUGACACCCUUGCUGAACUCUACAAGGCAAAUGCAGAGAGUUUAGGAGUAACCUUUAUCUGUGCAGAUUUUUUAGCGUCAACUGACAUGGGCAAUGUUUCUCAUGAAGUUCCCUCGAUUCAUCCAGUGUAUGCUAUCGACACUACAGCCCCUAAUCAUUCCCAUGCAUUUACCACGGCAGCAAUCACAGAGAAAGCUAACGAGAGGACCUUGAUUGCAAGCAAAGCGAUGGCUAUGACAGCUAUUGACGUGUUGUGCAACUCUGAUUUGAUUAACAAAGUGAAAAAGGACUUUAACAAUUGAAUCCCUUAUUAGGUAAUGAGUGGUGGCU